UGUCUGGUCUAGCUGGUAGAAGGGGAAGAGGCGACUAGUGAACUAGUUAUGCUGCAAGUCCCACGCCGGUCGUUGACUGUUGACUGGCCAUGUUUUCGCCCUCGGAUGGAGAUCCCACGGAAUCCUCGAUACUGGCGCGCGGCUUUCGGGUUUCGACGAAUGCUUCAGGGCAGCAGAUAGAUACUUACUUACUUACAGAUGAACUGCGACGGCGACUACGACAGAUACCCACCGGGCCCUGAAUCCCAUCAAUGGGAUGGCUUCACGGCACGGCAAGGCAACCAGAAGGCGAUGAUGAUGUCUGAUGAUGGUACAUACAGUACGGAGUACUACAGUUACUGCUCCCAUCACCAGCCUACAUACUUUGCCUACAGCGUCGGUCGUCGUGUCGUCGUCGCAUGCCAUCCGCCCGGAACAAUAAUUUGCAUGACGGGUCAUAGGGUUGGGGACAUGACCUGUCGUGUUUUCUUUUUCUUUUUUUUUUCUUUUCUUUUCUUUAUUUCUUCUUUUCCUGCUGUGUUUCCUGGCCGCCCUGCAGGAUGAGAGCGACACUAGGUAGGCGCGCGGUCUCUCGACGGUAUCAGAAGUCUGUGGUAUGUUUCACAGCCCC